CCUUGCCUUCUUACAACUUCCCCCGCACACCUACCAUCAUGGCCGACGCUACUAUCAAGGGUCUCCCCCCUCCUCCCGUCUCCUACGACGGCUCCAACUUCCGCAUCGCCAUCGUCCACGCCCGUUGGAAUGACGCCGUCAUCAAGGCUCUCCUCGAGGGCACCAUCUCCAAGCUCAAAGCCCAAGGUGUCAAAGAGGAGAACAUUGUGGUGAAGAGUGUCCCGGGGAGCUACGAGCUUCCAUUCGCCUGCAAAAAAUUGAUCGAAGCCGGCAAGACCCAAUCCGCCAAUGCCGCUCCUUCCAUGCUCGCUUCCACCACCAACCUCCUCUCGCUCGUCGACUCGUCCUCUCCCACCACCCCCCAGUCCACCACCCCUGCCCCUGCUGCGGGUACCGCCUCUACCGCACCCUUUGACGCUGUCAUUGCUAUCGGCUGCCUUAUCAAGGGUUCUACGAUGCACUUUGAGUAUAUCUGUGAGGCGGUCACCCAGGGCUUGAUGAGAGUGCAGCUGGACAGCGGGACCCCGGUGGUAUUCGGUGUUUUGACUGUGCUGAAUGAUGAGCAGGCGUUGGUCAGGGCUGGCGCUGGAACGAAGGGUGACAAGGGACAUAACCACGGAGAAGACUGGGGUCUUGCUGCUGUGGAGCUUGCUUCGCAGUGCAAGAACUGGGAGAAGGGUGUCCUGUAGUUGAACAGGAGCAAAUAUCAGAUGACACGCAAGAAAGCUAGAAUGCAGCAUGUUGAUCCAAGUAGCCCGGGCCAAAGGGCUACAAGACAGGGGGUGGGUACGAUUGCAAAGACGACACAUACAUCGAAAAGAACGGCGGAUUACGAUACAAACUGUACACGCUUGUUGUGGCGAGCUAUCGUCUUCCGGAACGUUGACCAUUACUCAGCUAGACCUUUGCUAAUAUAUGCAGUCCAUAUCUGUGGUAUGUGUCUGUGCUGUCGUCUGGUAUCCCAAAAAGAUUUGGGAGAAGAAAGACCGUCUUCCGUCUAGAAUUCUGCCAGAGUCGAGAGAGACUCACGACAUAUAGUUGUCGAUAGCAGUACGAGCAACGUCGCAGAAUAUCAGUGGAUGAUACUCGCAUUGGCAGACCAGACCAAGAUCGAACAG